AGACUUGUUUCAGCAAUUGACAGGUAUCCAGUACAGUGCAGUCUCUUUCUAAAUAUAAAAGAGAGCAGUUGAUCUGGAACUCUUAGUUGGCUCUGAUUCUCCAGACUCAGCUGUCACUUCAAAUAGACUACAAUGAAAUUCGUCAACUUGUUCCUGUUGUGCUUUCUUGCCGGAUUAUUAGAAGUAUCACCGGCAUUUCGGUUCGGAGGAUUUCCUCGAUUUAUGCCCAUUCCAUUUCGACCACCAGUCAGAAUUCCGGUGGGCCCACCCAUUAAAGCCCCGAUACCCCCUAAGCCCCCUGUUCCAGCUAAAGUACCUGUACCUGUACCUGGUAAAGUUCCAGUGCCCAUCAAAGCACCCGUACCUGUACCUGGUAAAGUACCUCUACCUAUUAAAAGACCAGAAAAACUUCCAGUUCCUACCAGACAGCCAGUGACAGCUAGAGUGACUCCUAAAGCUCCAGAAAAACUUCCAGUUCCUACCAGACAGCCAGUGACAGCUAGAAUGACUCCUAAUGCUCCAGUGACAGCUAUAGUGACUCCUAAAGCUCCAGAAAAACUUCCAGUUCCUACCAGACAGCCAGUGACAGCUAGAGUGACUCCUAAGGCUCCAGUAACAGCUAGAGUGACUCCUAAGGAUCCAGUGACACCCCGGAAGCCUGCAGACGGGUUCAAAGCAGAGGCGACUGUUCAGAUUACAUUCGAAGUGAAACUGGGACAAGCUAGUGCAGCGGAAAGCAUGGCAGGAAUUAAGAAAGUGUUACCUGCGUUUGUCGCCUUGUGUAACUCGAGUUGGAAUACAGAUGAAUGUGAAGCUGAGUAUUCAGGAGUAUUUCAAAGUGACGAGAAGACGUUUUGCUUUAAACUUUACCAGUUUAUCCAAUGCCUAAGUACAAAUUGUACAGACAUAGACAGUUUAAAUUUCAACAAGGAGACUCUGAAAUUGUUCUGCGUGGAACCUGGACCUGGUCCAGAACUGGAGUCGUCCACGAGCAGCGUAGCACCUUAAGGCGAGAGAAAUUGAGCAUCAACUUUGAACUCUUCAAAGGAAGCAUCAAAAUCAUUUUUCUUAUUUCUUUAUUUUUACUUUUCCUUUUUUAUUAUUGUCAAUAUGAAUAUGUACUUAAUGAGACUUGAAACAAAUGACGUGUCACUUGAUGUGAUAGCAUUAACGGCUGUGGGUGUAGAAAACAUCGCCUAAGUGUGAACACAGCGUAAAGCAAAUGUAUUGUAAAUUUGUAUAUACAGCUUGUGCUUGCCCUGGAUGUGGCAAAAUAUUUAGAUCAUAGCCGGGGCUGCGUUGCCACGGGAAAUACUGCAUUCCUCAUUAAUCUUCGGACUCGAAGACAAGCCUUAUUUAUUAUAUACAGUUUACAAGUUUAAAAUAGGAUCCAUUUGAUCCUGUACUCAUUUUAUGGCCUCUAAAUGCGUUGACUAAGCAUACUGUUGUUUGAAAAACUAAAAAAAAAAAUGAUUUAACACAAAAAUUUAUUAGCAAACAAACAGCAUACUUUUACAUUUUUGUAGUAAAUAUAUAUAUAUAUAUAUAUAUAUUGUUGAGAUGUUCAGUAAAGUAAAGUUCCCCUUUCAGACAUUGUGAUGUAAAGGUCAUCUGUUUCUGUGGCCUACGGUUAACGAGGAUGUCAUGUGGCCAGCACAUAUUUUGUUUUUUACGAAUGUAAACUCUAGAUUUUAUGUUAAAUAGAUUUAGAGUCCCAAAAUGGGAAUUGUAGUCUACUUGUUUUGAUAUUUUCAAUAUUCACUUUUCAGAAUUAAACUCAUCUAUAUUGAA